UUUUAAAAUGCCGCGAGAGAGAUCAUUGUCGAAUUUGGGGAGAAAAGUGAUGUUUCGCUAUCGAUCGAAGAGCAACGAUCGUGGGAAACGACAAAACUCAAAGGAUCGGGCACGAGCUGAUCACAUGGCAUUCGAUUAUGAUCUUUCGAAUGUCUGUAAUCACUUGGAAGCCUUGAUGAAUGCUGCUCGAUAUGGAAAUACUGAUCUUCUUUACAAAUUGUAUAUUCAUCACAUCGAUCUCAGAAUGACUGAUGAAACUGGAAACACUGCCAUGCAUGUGGCUGUUAUGAAUAAUCAACAAAAAAUCGUGCGAAUGCUUGUCGUGCUGUGUGCUCCGUGUCAAAUAUGGAAAAUCAAGAAUAACAAUGGACUGACGUCCACGGAGUUGUGUACGGAUAAAAAAAUCAGUGAAGAUUUCAAAAGUCUCGAUAAUCCGCCAAGUCCAUCACCGGGUGCGUUUGUAGACGUGGAUAGUGAGUACAAUAAUGUGUUGGCAAGUGAGAAGAAGCAGUGGAAACCUGAAGAACGAGUUCUUUUGGCACUUGACGGAGGCGGAAUUCGAGCUGUUAUCACGAUACAAAUGCUCAUUCAUAUUGAUUAUUUGCUCGGUGGAAAGCUCGUCGAGAAGCUUGAUGAUAUUGCUGGAACCAGUUGUGGAGGUGUUAUCACUCUUCUUUUAUCAACUAACAAUCGAAACAUUGAAGAAACCCGAAAGCUACUUCUAGAUAUGCGUGAUCGAGUUUUCAUCCGUGGAGCUGACAAAGCCGUUCCAAAAUAUAGUUCAAACGGUAUGGAGUACAUCGCCCGCCACGUCACAACUUGGGAAGAUUCGAAAAUGUCGAGUAUCAAAAGACACCGAGCAAUUGUUACUGUAGCUGAUACUCGAAUGGUUCCACCUCAACUUCUCCUCUUCCGAUCCUAUCGUCCAGAAAUGCCAGAGGAAGCGUGUGAACACUAUAAGUUCCUGGAUCCAACGAAGGUUGAGCUGUGGAAGACUCUGAGAUGCACAACCGCGGCUCCAUACUUCUUCGAGUCAUUCAAUGGGCUUUCUGAUGGUGGUUUGAUUGCGAACAAUCCGACGCUUGCACUGAUCUCUGAUUUCUUCCUCACGAAUAAACUUGAAAAAUCGUUUGCGAAAAGCUCAUCUGAACGAGAAAACCGUGGAAACUGGAAGAUUGGAUGUGUCAUUUCACUUGGAACAGGAGUAUUUCCAACGGAAAAGAUUGAUGGAAUCGAUUUGAUUGUGGCGCAUGCGAAAAACCCGAUCCAAUUUGCCAAAUCUUGCUAUAAAGCAUUUGCAAGCACUCGGAAUUUGUUGCAUGUUCUUGUGAAAGAGUGUACUGCUUCGAAUGGUCAGCCAGUGAGAUAUGCAAGAGAAUGGUGUCAUUCGAUCAACGCACCUUAUUUUAGAUUCUCGCCUCACUUGUCGCAAGGCAUUUCUCUGGAUGAAAUUGAUUUGGAAAAGGUGAUGCAAGUGAUGUGGGAGACUGAACAAUACGUGGCUUCACAUAGGCCUCAGUUUGUGAAGCUUGUCAAUUACCUGGCAACCAAACCGAAGAGAGAGGGUUUUGAAAAUCUUGAAACAUCGCAGGAUUCGGAAACAUUGGAGAAAUCGAUUUCUGAAGCUUCUGAGACGACGACGACACGUACGACUACAACAACAACUACGGCGGGAAUUUGAGAUUCUUUGAUUUGACAAUAAAUUUGAAUGACUGGG